UUGAAAAGAGACAAAAGCGAGCGGUAGCAAAUAAAGAACCGCUUUUAAAAGAAUCACUUUAACUAACACUUUGCAAAUACUACGUUUUUUACUGUAAGUUGAACAUUUUUGAUGACAUGAAUUAUUGUGCACAAAUCUCAUUUAUUUCGCAUUUGGAUUAUUGUGUUGUGUGAUCGUUGUGUAGUGAUGUUCGACAGUAUCGUGCUACAAAUCAAUAAAUUAUUAUAAUCGAAUUGAACGCCAUUUAAAAUAUCCAGAAUGAAAAAAAUUCCGAUAAUUCCGACGGUAAAGAAGUGUUCAUGUGUAGUGUGAAGUGAUAUUGCAUUCGAAAAGGAUUGUAAAUUAAUUGAUUAACCAUUUGGUGCAUUGUCGCGCAAUGCGAGAAUCAUCAAAUGAUUUAAGUUCGGAAGACUGGCGAGAAUGGAUUUUAGAUGCCAUCGCAAAAAUCCGUUCCCAAAAACAACGGCCCAGCGUUCAACGCAUUUGUCAGGCAAUCGGCAGCCACCAUAAAUUUCACGAAGACAUUGUUGCCAGUAAACUGGAAGAGGCGGUCAAAACCGGCACCGUUGUUAAGGUGUACAACAAAGGAUUGCAUACGUACAAAGCACCGAUUGCAUACCGUCGCAUCGCCGUUUCGUCCAGUACCGAUCUGUCGCGGCUGGUUGCGGUUGCCGUGCGUGAAUUGGGUGAAUGUGACGGUUCAAGUUUAAAGUCAAUUGAAAACUAUGUGCAGAAAUCGAAUGACAUUGAACUAGCGCCGGAUACCGACUUUAAGUCAGUGGUUAAAAAUUCGGUGAAAAUUGCAGUGGAAAAGAAUUAUUUAGAACAGGAAUCCAAACUGUAUAAAGUUGGAAAAGUGUUAAUAAAUAUGCCGAAGCAAUAUCAGUCACCUCGGAAAAAGUCAGCUGCCGGGGACAAUGGAAAGUCAUGUGCUGAAUGCCUUGGAACAGCGUUGAAAGGACCACUUGGUAGUCCGGAACCACUCAGCUCCUGUAACGGAUGUGGUAUGUCACUGCAUUCAACGUGUGCAAAUAAUGCAGCCAAAACCAACGAAGUAGUUCCACUAGCCACACUUGUCAAAAAAGGCAGCAAAUGGUUCUGCGAUCAGUGUAAAUCCACCUGUGAAUCAUGCCAACGAACCGAUGCCGGUAUAUGCGUGCUGGGUUGUUGCGCAUGCGAGAAAAACUUUCAUUUGAGCUGUUUAGAUCCUGUGCCUGAAAAGAAGCCAAAGUGCCAGUGGAGAUGCCGCCAUUGCUUGGAACACCAUGAUAUUGUACAGCCGAAAUCGAGUCGUGCCGAUGGUUCGCCUUCAACUAGCCGAAAGAGCAUUAGCAAAAUUCGUGAAAAGAUUGUUGAAAGGAAGAAGAGAAUCUCAAUGGGUGUUAAUAGAUCAGCGUCGUCACUGCAUGGACUCAAAUCACCAACUACUUCCACCAGUACAUCCAUUCCGUCUAGCUUAACCGAACAAACACCGUUGAAAGCGAACGCAUCCCAGUUAGCGCUCAGUCAAGUGACACCGGUGACCACACAUCCAUCAAUGAAAAAGUCAUCAACUGUCCGACGACGAGUCGUACCGAAAGAAUUGAAGCGUAAAGAAAUUGAUAACAACGACGACCAAGACGAUGACGCCUCACCACCAAAACCUGGUAAAAAAAUUAAUUCACAAAAUCAACCAACUACAUUAUUAAAUCAAAAAAAGCAAACAAACCCAGUGAUAGACAUUGUUUAUUCGAAUGACAAUAAUCCUCCGAGUCAAAGUUCGACAUUUAAAUGUUCUUUAAAUGUUGAUCAAGAUAAGGGACAACAGCAACAAUUAGGCAAAUCCGAUCGAAUGUCCAAAGAAAAACAGAAAUUCUUUCGACAUUCCGCGUUUAACAGUGACCGUAUAGUCAAAACGUCACCACCAACGUCCACCAAAUCUAAUCCUCCAAUCGGUGCGACGACCAAAGUAGCUCGUAAUCUUAAAAACCAACUCGAAGCAGAUGGUUGCGGUGACGCGCCGACCAAACAAAAACAUUUGUCCGACACCUCGUCAUCGUGCACCAGCAGCGAUGACGACGAAACGACAUCGUCCGGUUCAUGCAGUUCAAGCACUACGGAUAACGAUUCGGAUACGUCCAGUUCGUCGCAAUCAUCAUCGUCCGAUUAUGAAAACGAACCGAAUGACAAUGAGCCGAACAGUUGGACGAAAAGUGUCGCUGGCGGCGAUAAUAAGCUGACUGUUCCGUCGACGCAAAAGAAAUUCCCCGCAUCAAACAGUAUCGAUGUGAAUGGAAGUUGGGGAUUUGCGGCCGAAGCGAAAAAGAAUUUCGACAUUUUCCAUAAGAGUGCCGCUCAGCCGGAACGGGUGUUCGGAAAUUUCGACGGGAUCGAUAAAGAGUCACUCGUUAAAAUUGAUAAAACCAAAGCGACAGACACUGUUAAAGAUAGACCCGUCGAUGGCAAAUCUUCGGGACAGUUAAAAGGCCUAUUCGAUAGUCUUUCGCACGUAUUUUCGACGACUGAUUAUACGAGAUCACGGCAGGGGGCUCCUCCAAACUAUAAGCUUGGCGUUAGACGAAAAAAUAAAAAAGACUCUUUGGAUGGGCCCCCGAAAGUUGUCUUAAAAGAGACGAGAAGCACGUUUAGAGACUAUAAAGAGCAACGGCUUCAAGAGCAAAACAAGACCAACAAAAAGACUGAAUUCAAUAGCUUUCUAAAUGUCAGCAAUAAUAAACUAAACAAUUGUUCCAUCAGUGUGAGCAACAGCACUGAAGCCAAAGAGCAAUUUUCGAAAAAAUAUUUUACAUCGACAAGCAAUGCGACAACAGUAUCGUUGCCAACAACUGAAGCCAAUCCAAAAGAAUUGACAUCGCCCAGUAAUUCUCCAUCGAAAGUGCCCAGACGCAUAACGCCCAUGUCGCUGCCACUGGAGCGUCGAAAUUUGCGCUAUCAUUCUUCCAGUGACGACGAUGUGCCGUAUCUAAAGCCGAGGCUAACGCCAAGCAAUUUGGUUAAAAAUGCCAUCAAUUCGCAAUCUCAGGAUGCGCGCCAAAAGAGCUCACAACUGAAACAGACUUCCGAUCAGAAAUUGUUCGGUGCAUUAGCGAAAAAGAAUCCCAUGGACUUUGCAUCGUUUAGGGAUUCGAGUACUAAAUUAUCCAGCUGUACACCGCCGCCAUACAACAAUAAUCAGUCAAUGGAAAUACAACCACUAGCGCCAGGUGUCACACAAAAGGAUGUCAAUUUGUACAAAGAAGUCCGGGAGAAAGCUGCUCAGGCUGUCGCUGAAAUCAUGAAUCCCGGUGGUCGUUUGAAUUUAGCUACGCCAAAUACACUCGGAAUCAAUCCCAAUCUGACAUCACCAACGUCAAUAGCUAUAGCAGCACAAGAACGCUGUCCGGCUGCUAUAGAAUUCGGUCCAUGGGAUAUCGAUACUUGGUAUUCGAGUCCGUUUCCACAGGAAUAUGCAAGGUUACCAAAACUAUUCCUCUGCGAGUUUUGCCUGAAGUACACCAAGAGCAAGGCGGUGCUGGAACGACAUCAAGACAAGUGUUCGUGGCGUCAUCCACCCGGCAAUGAAAUUUAUCGACGCGACGAAAUAUCGGUAUUUGAAGUGGAUGGCAAUGUCAACAAAUUGUAUUGCCAAAAUCUGUGUCUGCUGGCCAAGCUGUUUCUCGAUCACAAAACUUUGUACUAUGAUGUCGAACCGUUUUUGUUCUACGUUUUGACGAAAAACGACAAGAAAGGAUGCCGACUGGUUGGAUACUUUUCGAAGGAGAAACACUGCGCUCAAAAGUACAACGUUUCAUGUAUUAUGACGAUGCCACAAUAUCAGCGACAGGGAUUUGGACGAUUUUUGAUUGACUUCAGUUAUCUGUUGAGUCGUGAAGAGGGUCAACCAGGCACACCCGAGAAACCGUUAUCAGACUUGGGUCGUGUAUCGUAUCAUGCAUAUUGGAAAUCCGUCAUUUUGGAAUAUUUGUAUCGCAAUCGCGGACGUCCUAUCAACAUCCAAGCGAUUGGAGACGAGACUGGAUUGUAUGCGCCAGACAUUGCACUAACGUUGCAGUUAUUGAAUUUUGUGCGGUGCGUUAAACGAGAUGGAGACUUCAAAUAUCGAAUAUUGUUUUGUGUGGACUGGGAUAGGGUGAAUGCUCACCAGGACAAAAUUCGUAAUUCAUCCGUUCGCAUUGACAUCGAUCCAGAGUGUUUGCGUUGGACACCAUUGCUGACGCCAGCCUAUCGACCGAAAACAGACUCUGAAGAUGAUACAUCACAAGAAAUUGUUAAGGCCGACGUGAGCGUCAACUGUGAUAAUAGUCUUUCGGAUGGGAAAACCGAUGAAAAACAACAUCCGAUAUCUGUUGUCGCUGCCUUACAAGGAACUGUUGCCGAGAUAAGUGGAGUGAAGCAAAAGGGACGAAAAAAUUUCGUUUAUCGUAGCCCUGGACGGCCAGUCGGUCGUAAACCGAAUCAUCCGAUCACUCCCGAAUCAGUCGAAGCAACACCAGAGCCACUACCACCGAGACCGACCACUCCAGAAGUGUUUGAAACCACAUCAUCGGGACGACGUCGCACCAGACCUAGCAAAUUCAAUGAGACAACAUUCGGCGAAUCCAAAACGAAACCCAAUCCAAUUGCAUUGACUUCGAAAAGCACGCCAUUGAUCAAAGACGAAACGACAGCGACAAAACGUAGAAGAUCAUUGAAAAAUGCUAACGACUCUAUGGAGGAACGCGUUGAUUCGAAACGAAAGAAAUUCGACAGCAACUUGCCGUCAGAUGACGAAAUCGACGAUCGGAAGAGGAAGAGUUCAAUAAACACGGACACUCGGAAAAGACUUCGAGUUAAUGAUGAGCCGAGUGUUGAUUCAUAUCGUCGAGACAGGGGACGAUCAUUGGCACCACAACCAACGAAUACUGACCGUGAAUCCACGUCAACUUUCGAAAAGACUAAAAAAGUUGACGGGCGACGCAAAACUGUACAGUCGACGUUGGAUGAUUCAAGUGAUAACUCUAAGGAGGUAGCAACAGUUGAUCCAUUCGAAUUUACAUCCGAUCCGAAUGAAGAAAAACCAACACGACCGGGCAUAGAAAGGCGGAGAAAAACGACAACCAUUUACAAGGCUGAAGAGACUCCAAGUCAACAAGAACAAAAAUCGCUAAAGGCCACAACUACUGCGAAAAAGUCGAACAAGAAGGAAGCAAUGGAAAUUGACGAAAGUCCGGAGCGUACCACCACAACAAUGAAAGAGGACGAUUCUCCAGCUGGAGUUAGCAGUCGACGGAACAGAUUUUCAACCAAAAUGUCAUCGCCAAAUGAUCCACCCCUUCGCGAAACACGAUCAAGAAACUUGGUUACACCCGAGUUGGACGUGCCGAAAUCGCCAGCAAAACGUCUUCGUACUGCUGUGAAGGAUGUACCACAUUUGGAAACUGAUGUUCAAACAGAAGAAGUGACUAGACGAAGUCGAAGAUCAGCUAAAGAAGCGAAUGCUUCAUUGAGUCUUGAGUCUGAUAGUCAGUCGGAAAUAGCCGAUACUUCAACUCGAUCAACGCGAACGCGUACCUCCGGUCGAGUACCCGUAACACAAGUUAAGGCUGGCAGAUCAGUGAGAUCUUCACGUGCUCAAGAUGUGGAUUCGCCAACAACCGUUGCAAGUACCGAGCUAUCUGACGACGAUAGCGUCAAAACGUCCAGAUCAGAAACUCCGAGAGUAAGAGUCACAAACAUUUUGGCUAAAAUGAUGGAAAAGAGUAGUGAAAUGUCAACCGAGCAAUUGAUUAAACGAAAAAAGGUUCCAUUAGGCAAACCGGGCGCUAGAAUUUCAAGCAGAAUCGCAGCUGCAGCUGCAGCCUCAUCACCGAUUACAGUUGCCGACGGUACAAGCGAUGAUACUCCGGUUAGCGUAAAAAAUCAGCUGACGUUACCCGAAAUGUUCAAGCAAAAAGCAAUGGACGAAAAGAAAGCGGAACCGCAACCAACAAUGCCAAGUGUAGCACCUGCUGUUGUUACUGAAUUGCGAGCAGAAGUGAAACGACCCAUUGCUACCACACCAAAAUUGCGAAGCAAACGUAAUGCCGCUCAAAAUAUCAAGAAAUCGGAAGAGUAUUCGGCCGAAGCUGAUGAUGAGUUGGAAGAUGAGCGCCAGCCAGAUGAUAAACAGAUUCCAAAUAUGCCGAAAGCAGUUGUCACGUUGACCGACAUUCACACCGUUGACAAAACAUUGUUUACCACUCCACCGGUUGCAACUACUAGCACAAGCAUUGCUGAAAGUCCAUCAAAAGUUGUAGAGGAGAGCGAACCAAAUCCUGUCGUACAUAAACCGAUGAAUGAAGACUUGUUAGACGUUCAGAAAUCGAUGACAGAAAGGCAUUCGGUUGCUGUGGCCAAGAAAACGAAGAAACAAAAACUUACGGUCGGCCUGACAACUGAUUUUUCUGCUGUGAGUGUGCCAGAAGUAUUUUUGCCCAAACUUCCCGACAUCAUCGAUCGUGCUCCGUCUCUCACUGAGGAAAGAAUCGUGGAACCGGUAAAUAAAGAAAUUGAAGUGAAUGAAGCACCUGCCAGUGUCACACAAUCGUCAGCCAUGGAAGAUAUUUCUAGUCAAAGUUCGACCAACGACGUACAAUUAAACCAUUCACCAAGUCAAUCCGAUAAAACUCCUGAGAAAAUUUCCGUCAUCACGGAAAGCCGACAGUCGAAAACUCCAGAAAAGCAGCCCACUCAGUCGACCAGCAACGAUGCACAAAAUAAAUCGCCUGCUCCAAUGUCCACAAAUGACGAUGACACAAUUCUGCAAUCGGUUCCGAUGGACAUUGAAACUACACCGCCACAGAAAAUGGAAGAACCAAUCAUUACCAGUAAUGCAGCCGUUGCACUGUUAUCAGAAAACACUGCCAGUGUUUUGAAGGUAAAUGAAAAUUACAAAACGGCAGUUGAAUGUGGAAGCAGCAGCAACAACAGUCUCGUUGAAUCUCCGAAUGUUCAGAAUACCGUUCCUGAAGAAACCGUUCCGAAACGUCCGAGCACAGAAAGUCGACCUAAUGUCAUUGUCGAUGCCAUAGCCAAUUUAAAUCCCACCGAAAUGAAAUCCAAUUCUGAAAUCGAAUCAAAAAACUUGGAAGCUAAAAUUCCAAAAUCCGAUGAAACGAACGUCAGUACUUUGUGUCCAUCUGGUUUUGGAAGAGGGAAUAUCGAUACGGACACAACAGCUCCGAAAAAUCCAAUUAUUUUGCCCACCAACUGCGAUACUGGCAAUGAUACUGAACAGAAGGAAUCUCGCGUUAUCAAAAGUUCAGCGAAUGAAAUUUGCGAACGAAAUGAAAUCGACGAGAAAACCGUCAUCAAAACUGUUCGCGAACCAGAAUUGGCCGACAAUGGGAUGAGAGCGGAGAAGAAUCUAACGAAUUUUGAUGAUUCCAUGGCAAAGGGCACAGCUACUGUUGAACUUAUGUCGAGUCAAAUACAAUCGGCUAAUGACAAAUUGCCACCCAUCACCACCGAAAGUAGAUCGGAUGAACAGCCACGAUCGGAUUCCAACGUGCAGCCGAAAGCGGACCUACAACCAAAGCCGGAGGCUCAUCAACCAAGAAUCGAACCACAUCAAAUAAAAUCUGAAUCGUCGUCACGAACCGAACCGAUUCAGCAGCGUAUCGAUUCAAAAAAUGAUCAUCAACACAAAUACGAAAUGUCGUUUCAAUACCAGCAACGCGGCGAUCAAUAUCAACAACAGUCGUCGCACCGUUCAUCUGACCAUCACCAACGGACUGAACGAAUUCCAGACAAUCGACGUCUAUCGAGAGAUCGACCGUUUCAACAGGACUCCAAUCAACGUCCACCACAAAUUAAAACUUCGUCUAGUGAUGGCAUGCCCGCAGCAAAAAAAUCCACAUCGAGCAGUUGCAAUCCGGCGUCGAAUGACUUAAAAUUAGAUAGAAAAACGAAUGACAAAAGCGAACAGCGAUCGCAACAGUCGUCGUCCCUGGCCACCGACAAUCUAUCUAAGAAAAAUGAGUCACCAGCCAAGAAUGUACAAAAGUCAUCCAGUUCAAAAAACUACUCAACAGAUUCAUUGAGUUCUGGCGCAAAUAAAAUGUCAUCGUCCAGUUCCAGUUCCAGCAAUCGUUCCGAUAAGCACCACUCGUCCAAAAGCAACAACAUGACCAUUGUCGCCGAUCAGAAAACCGUUGAUCUAAAUAAAAUGUCCACCCAGUUCGCCAUGAACACGAUGAAUCUGCCCAAUUAUCAUCAUUCCUCACCACACGGACAAUUUUGGCAAUGGGAACCAUACUAUCCGGGCUAUAUGUCGCAUUUAGAUCACACGGCCGCACAAAAGUCACCAAACAAAUUCCACAAAGAUUUGGCCACAUCGAUGGCGUAUGGACCGAUGGGACUGGCACAGAAUUUGUACCAAACGGCAAACAGUUUGGCUGCCCAACAACAACAGCAACAACAGUACGUUCAGCAACAGCAACAUCAAUUGGCCGUUCAGUGUAGAGAAACGAAGCGAAAUGAACGAAAGGGUUCGUCAAACGAUCAAAAAUCCAAAUCGUUGAAGGAAGAUCUGACGAAAAGUAGCGAUUACAACAGCAGCUCAAACAAGCCCUACAACCAGCAGUAUGACACUACGAACAGCGCAAAAACCAGUGGAAUGUCGUCGCAUAAACAUCAUCAAAAAUCUCAGGACAGCUUGACCAAAAACAAUUUGCUAAUACAACAGCAACAGCACCAGCAAAGUUUGAUACACCAACAGCAGCAACAUCAAACACAACAACAAGCAACGAUCAACCAACAAAACAAUUUGAUCAACGCGGCAAAUGCAAAUUUAAAUCAAAAUUUGAUGAUGUCAAAGAACGGUAACGCUCUAUCCGAACAGCAUACAGCUCAGCAACAUCACAACCAACACGAAAUAGCCGGAAAUGCUACACCGAACAAUACAACCGAAUUGAAACAACACACCUCACCAGCCGGUGAUCCAUCGAUGGGUGUCUAUACGCCUGAUUCAACAACCAAUUCCGUUCACAGCCUUCAUCAUUACGGCCAAUGUGACAUCGACGUGACGCAACUGGGGCUUGAGUCACCCGCCAGCAUUGCUAGUGACAUAACAUCACAGAAUUCAGUGGAAAAUGUUCGUCCACCGAGCGUUGUGCCACAUGGAUCGCAGAUGUCGCAAUUUUCUGAUUGUUCGAUGCAGCAGCAAGUCAAUCAAACCCAUAUGCAUAUGGCGAUACAGCAGCAUAAUAACAUACCAACGUCCAGUCCACAGCAGCAAGCUCUGUUGAUGGGCAACAACAUGAACAAUCAACAGACCUCGAGUCGAAGCAAAAUUCAACAACAACAGCAGCAACAACAACAACAAUUAAAUCGUGCUACACCUGGCGCGGUGAAUACCAAUAAUAGCCGGUCUGCUACACCGAAAGUUAGAAAUACUUCGACACCAAGUUUGCAGCAACAGCAGCAGCAACAACAGCAGCAACAACAAUCGUCCCAGCAACAACAGAGACAAAGAACAUCACCAAAUCAACAACAGAUGAUCAGUCCUGGUCAACAGCAUCACCUGCAACACAAUCUAAGUCUUCAACAGCAACAACAAUCACUUCAAGCCCAACAAAUGCAGCAAUAUCACUUGUCAGCGUCAAUGAGUCAUGCUGGCCAUCAUCAAGGCAUGAACCAAGAUUAUCUUUCCGUUCCAACGCAAAUGGGUGGCGCACCGUCACAAAAUUUCCCAUCUCAAUCGCCUAAUUCCUAUUCAUCGAUUCCAAUGACAACCGUCAUUCAGCAUCGUAUGUCGGGCAGUAAUACCACGCACAAUCCGUUGCCGAGUCCACAUCAACAACGUUUGGGACCAUCGCCGUCGUCGUGCGCCGUAUCCGGCAAUAAUAAUUUCUACUUACAAGGCAACAAUGUGUCACAUCCAACAUCACACACACCGAUUCCAGUUCCUACUCCGACGCCAACACCAUCGGCAACGCCUACGCAUCAAAUGAAUUCAUCUAACUCCACUGCCGGCCAAUCGAACAUUUCCGGUUGCAGCCUGUCCAAACUGCAACUGUUAACCAAUAAUCUGGAAAUGGCACAGCCAUGCAACACUCCGCCUUCCGGUUCAGUGAAUCUCACUCCACCACCAAAUCAUCAUCCGCACAACACAAUGACACCGCCACCGUCGCAUUUGGUCCAACAAAAUCGCAAUCUACCCACACCACCGGCAUCACUGCAACCGCAAAUGUCUGCCUUACAAUACCACAAAUACUAUCCCGGCAACAUGAACGUUGCACCGCCCAUAUCAAUCAGUCAGAAUAGUGGUCGCGUUCGGAACACCGCUUCGGCGCCCGUGCAACACAUGUCAGCCAGUUCCAGUCGUGCCAGUCCAAACGUAACAAUCAGUCCGAAUUCGUUGAUGUCACCGUACGGUACAUUGAACGGCUAUCGAAUGGCCAGUCAACAACCGGCCGGUGCCAGCUAUACAGCAACGGCCGGUUUCAAUCCCGGCCAAUUGCCCGUUCAAAUGGGCGUUAUGAAUAUGCAGAGUCAGUAUCAGGCGCAAGCGCAACAGAAUUCCAUGUAUUCCACUUAUGCACCAUACAUACCAUUGAAUGGCACGAUGCGUAGAUAGGAUCGGUUGAAAGGUCGUAAAUGAAUUAUCGUAGAGAAUGGGAAUGCAAUGUUCGGUAAAUUGAAUUUCGCCUAACUAUGGAAUGAAUCGGCCGAAUGUAACCGAAGUAAAAUUUGAAAAUAUUUUUUUAAUUUUUAGAAUGAGAGGACAAUUCGCUUUGAUUUAAUACUUUGUACAAACUAUAUUAUGUGGGAGGAACAGAGAUAUUUAAUAUAUUUUAUUAACAAAAACGCAGAAACAAUAAAUUAAAAAUGGAAAAUUAAAUUAAGUGAACAAAGGACAAGUAAUCAAAACUGAAAAUAAAAGUGGUAAAAAAUGGAAAAAAAAGUUUUUUUUUUUCAAUUAUUAUUAUUGUAAAUAGAAACCCAAUUGAAUAUAUUAUGAUAUUUAAGUAAGCCUGUAACGUUAAACUUUAAAUUUUAAUUCUAUGUUUCGUUAUAUACGAAUAAGUUGUCAGCAUUGAAGAAGAAGAAGAAGAAAAUCUAAAAAAUGAGAAUUUUUUCCCUAGACAUUAGUUUCUAUUCCAAAAUUAUUUCGCUUUUUUUCCUGCUUACAAAUUGCCUAUCCAUUAAGUGUUGAUUUUUCCUUAUUUUUUUGUCUCUUUUUCGUUUUUUUAAUUUAUAAAACAAAACAAAAAAUGACUCGUGUUAAGUAGAUAUAUAUAUAAAAAUGCAAAAAAACAACAACCACAACAUCAACAAAAA